UUGCAUUGUGACUGAAUGGCAGUGUGUUCCAUCUCGAUCUCAAGCUUCCGUGGGCAAAGACAGUCCCUUCUAUGUACUGCGCAGGGUUGGGGUGGUUGGCUGGGCUCAAAUACUGCUAAGGAUUACAGAAUAUUCUGUUACAGGCUGACCAAUUAUUUAAAUACUGAAAAAUCAGAUGCAUUUGUAAAUAGCCAGGAGUGGACACUAAGUCGUUCUGUACCAGAGCUCAAAGUGGGAAUUGUGGGGAAUUUAGCUAGUGGCAAGUCAGCACUUGUGCACCGGUAUCUGACUGGCACAUAUGUCCAGGAGGAAUCACCUGAAGAUAUGGAUGCAGGUGGGAGAUUCAAGAAAGAGAUAGUAGUUGAUGGACAAAGCUAUCUGCUGCUGAUUAGAGAUGAAGGGGGCCCUCCGGAGGCACAGUUUGCCAUGUGGGUUGAUGCUGUUAUAUUUGUCUUCAGCUUGGAAGAUGAAAUUAGCUUCCAGACAGUUUACCACUACUACAGCCGUAUGGCUAACUAUCGUAACACUAGUGAAAUCCCAAUGGUACUAGUGGGAACCCAGGAUGCUAUAAGUUCAAACAAUCCACGGGUUAUUGAUGAUGGCAGAGCAAGGAAGCUAUCGAAUGAUUUGAAGAGAUGCACUUACUAUGAAACCUGUGCUACUUACGGGCUGAAUGUGGAAAGGGUCUUCCAAGACGUUGCCCAGAAGAUUGUGGCAACAAGGAAGAAACAGCAGCUUUCAAUAGGUCCCUGCAAAUCUUUACCGAACUCUCCAAGUCACUCGUCUGUGUGUUCUGCCCAGGUUUCCGCUGUUCAUAUCACCCAGACCAGUAACGGAGGAGGGAGUUUAAGUGAUUAUUCCUCCUCUGUUCCAUCAACUCCAAGCACCAGCCAGAAGGAGCUACGGAUUGAUGUUCCUCCCACUGCCAACACUCCAACACCCGUUCGUAAACAGUCCAAACGCCGCUCCAACCUCUUCACGUCUCGGAAAGGGAGUGAUCCAGACAAAGAGAAGAAAGUCCUGGAGAGCAGAACAGAUAGCAUUGGAAGUGGCCGUGCAAUCCCAAUGAAACAGGGUGUGCUGCUAAAGCGAAGUGGCAAGUCAUUGAAUAAAGAAUGGAAGAAGAAAUACGUUACAUUGUGUGACAACGGUGUACUGACCUAUCAUCCCAGUUUACAUGACUAUAUGCAGAAUGUGCACGGAAAAGAAAUCGACCUUUUGAGAACUACUGUGAAAGUGCCAGGAAAGAGGCCCCCCCGAGCAACGUCCGCUUGUGCACCCAUCUCCAGUCCGAAAACCAAUGGCAUGUCCAAAGACAUGAGCAGUUUACACAUCUCUCCAAAUUCAGGAAAUGUGACUACUAGCACGUCUGUAUCUCAGAUGGCAAGCGGGAUCAGUCUGGUCUCCUUCAACAGUCGCCCCGAUGGUAUGCAUCAGCGUUCCUACUCAGUUUCCAGUGCUGACCAAUGGAGCGAGGCAACAGUCAUUGCAAACUCUGGCAUCAGCAGUGAUACUGGUUUGGGAGAUUCUGUGUGUUCAAGUCCAAGUAUAUCCAGUACUACAAGUCCCAAGCUGGAUCCUCCUCCCUCCCCUCAUGCCAACAGAAAGAAACAUCGUAGGAAGAAAAGCACUAGCAAUUUUAAAGCUGAUGGGGUCUCAGGUGCUGCUGAAGCCAAACGCAAAGCAUGGAAACUAAACCGUGUUGGUAGCCUGCGAAAUAUAUACAGCAGCAGCAGCACCAACACUGAAGAACAAGAAGAAAACUUUGAGUUUAUCAUCGUUUCCCUCACUGGCCAAACCUGGCACUUUGAAGCUACCACAUAUGAAGAAAGAGAUGCGUGGGUACAAGCCAUAGAGAGUCAGAUCCUGGCCAGUUUACAAUCAUGUGAGAGCAGUAAGAAUAAGUCCCGACUGACAAGUCAGAAUGAGGCCAUGGCCCUUCAGUCAAUAAGAAACAUCAGAGGCAAUUCUCACUGUGUGGACUGUGAGGCACAAGACCCUGAUUGGGCUAGUCUGAAUCUGGGAGCCCUCAUGUGUAUCGAAUGCUCAGGAAUUCACCGGAACCUUGGCACACAUUUGUCACGUGUCCGGUCACUUGACCUGGAUGACUGGCCUAUAGAACUCAUCAAGGUGAUGUCAUCCAUCGGGAACGAGUUAGCAAACAGCGUCUGGGAGGAGAGUAGCCAAGGACAUAUGAAACCCUCUUUGGACUCCACAAGGGAAGAAAAAGAGCGCUGGAUACGUGCCAAGUAUGAACAAAAGCUCUUCCUUGCCCCGCUGCAGUGGCUAGAAGUGUCUUUGGGCCAGCAUCUGCUACGAGCUACAGCCGAGGAGGACUUGCGAACCGUUAUCCUGCUCCUGGCCCACGGCACGCGGGAAGAAGUGAAUGAGACCUGCGGCGAUGGGGAUGGGCGUACAGCCCUUCACUUGGCAUGUAGGAAGGGAAAUGUUGUGUUAGUUCAGCUCUUAAUUUGGUAUGGUGUGGACGUGAUGGCCCGCGAUGCCCAGGGGAACACGGCACUAGCCUACGCCAGGCAGGCCACGAGCCAGGAAUGCAUCGAUGUUCUGCUGCAAUAUGGCUGCCCCGAUGAACGCUUUGUCCUGAUGGCUACUCCCAAUUUGUCCCGGAAGAACAACAACAGGAACAACAGCAGUGGAAGAAUGCCUACCAUCAUCUGAGGAACUCUCUCCUUUAGUCACUGACCUGAGUACCGGCCGCCUGCCACCACCUAGUGCUCCAUUUUCUUCACAGCCCUGACCUGUGAGUCUGAUACCUCCCUGUCUCCUUUUUCCCCUCAGUCUCUGUCCUCUCCAGAAAAAUCACCUUUGGACCGUGUGAGGGGGCGAGGAGGAGGAAAGGGGACCACAGAACAUACUUAUUCUAAGACAAGGUCUUGAAAAAGGGAGGGAGUGAGAUUCGGGAGGUCUCUAAUUAUAGCACAUGACACGGGACCAUUUUACGGGUUGUCUUUAGACAAAGGCUCCACAAGUGUUGAAACGGGGGCCUGUAGGGAGAAGAAAGGAGGAAGAGGAGAAGAAAGAAGAAACGGUAACUUUCCUUAACCGACAGUUAAGCACAUCAGUACAUUUCACCUUUACCACACGGAACACUUGGAUUUCAUUCUCUUCUCCGAAGAGCUUGACGGCAUAAAUCAGAAGCAAGCACAGAGUUUGUCAGGUUUGAAGCUCCUAUGAUGGUAUGUGUCAAAUCAGUUGUAGCUAAUCUGUCCAGGGAGAAUACUGGCUUCAUUACACUUGUAUAGUUGAGUUCUUCCAGCAUUACCGCUGUUUAAUAGAACAUGAUUAGUCAUCAUGGAGAAAAAAGCAUAUUAGCUGAGGAGGUAGUUACAUGGCACGCUUCGGUGAUUGCUUGGAUGUGAUUGCAAUAUUCUUAGAAGCAUCAUAUUAUCUCAGACAUGUUCUUUCAAGCCCUUGGAGCCCUCCUUUCUAAAUUCACUGUCAUAAUUUAGUAUCUGUUUAAUUUUUCAGUCCAAAGAGAGGAAAUCAGUUGCUGAGUGUUAUUUGACUGCAGUCUCCUUGGUGUAAAAACAAAAUGGAAAAAAUAAAUAAGAAUAACUAUGAAACACAAAGAAAUAGCGAAUACUGCUAAGGAAAAACAUUUCAAGUACAUUUAGUAAAAUAAAUGCAUUAAAAGCUACUUUUUUUUUCCAGUCACAAGAAAUGUGUCAUUUUGCCAAGUAAAUGUGUUGAGAUUUUGGUCACUCCUGUGAUGCAUUGCCUAAAUUAUACAGAUUUUGUAUUGUGUCUUUAGAUUAUAUGUAUGUAAAAUCUAUUUGAAUAAACAAGUUCAUAAAUAUGCAUUGAUUUUUGUACAGACAAAUGACACCUCUGUUAAUUUAUAAACCGUAAUGGAUAGGAGCUAAAUAAUGUGCAAGUAGUUAGGAUCUGAGGUUUACAGAUAAUUGCACAUUGAAAAUGUUCUCGGCAGUGAACUGUGUUUCCAUUUGUCUGAUGCAAACCUUCAGAAGAACGUAUCGGAAUGAGCUGAUGGCAUAUUUGGCAUACAAAAAAAGGUGCACAGGAGGAAGUCUCAGUGGCAUAAACAUAUUUUGCAUUAGACACUAUGAUGCUUUCAUAGACCAAAACACAGCCUGGAGGCAGGAGGGGAAAUCAGAUCUGUCUAAUAGCUAAGUUAACAUUGGUCUCUGUGGUGACCAUGAUCCGGCUCCUUUGACUCCAAACUUGCUGCUUUGUGGAGCAACAAUGAUCUGUGGAAGGAGUUUGGGCCGUUCAUUCAUCUACCAGUUUCAAUACUUGAUUUGAUAUUUUUGUAGCAUGCUGGUUUCAGAAGCCAUCUAAAAACUGAAAUUGUGGCAUGGAGAAGCAGCUGGCAAGGUUUCUGCCAAAAACAGAAGUGAUUUCUAAGUGGCAUAUGGUAAUGUGAAGGUGGGAGAAGGGUAUAUUUCAGAGAAAGUUGAAAUCUGAUCUGAAUCAGGUGGCAGAAGUAUAUGAAGUUGGGCAGGUGCAAAUCUACCUGAUCCUCAUGUUUUUUCAUUAAUUUCUGACCAUCUUGGAGCUCCAAUUGUCUAUUCAGGUCAGAGUGAGAAAAGGAAACAAUAAUAAAUGACGUGGACAACAUUUUUUUUUUAAAUUAACGUCUCACGGAUGUGCAAACAAUCCAAGAGCAGCAGGUUUGGCCCGAAAGCCAUAGUUCACAUGUGGUCAGGUGAGACACGGCCCUACAGUGCAGUCAGGUGGACAGUGAUGGGUUUUCCUGGUCCUUUGUAAUUCUGGGUUUAUACUUUGUGGCAAUCGAGCCAUUCAAAGCUGAACGGAAGCAGCUUUGUGUUUGUUUCACCAGCCGCAACCGGCAGCAUCGUGCGUGCAAAAUGACAAAGCUGUGUGGUUUGUUUUGAUUUUUAAGUAGAUUGCGCAAUGGUGCUUUCUUCACUUACACACUGCUGCCUGGGUAUUAGAUCCUGACAGGAGUCUUGCUCCAACUUCGGAUGACUUCCCUUACAUCUACAACUGAACGUGGAACGGCACUCUCGGCAUUUUGCUUCUCGGUGUUGGUGAUUUCAUCAGCUAAGGCAGGGGACACAUAACCAGAUCUCAAGUCUCUUGCCAGGCAGGAGACACAGGAAUGGAGUCUGAUUUCCAGAAGAUGCUAACCACCUCCCCUCCGCUUAAAAUAUUUUGUUUUAAAACAAAUUGCCAUUUUUAUGCCUGUAGCACACCUUCUCUUUCACAGCUGAGAUUCUUCCAAGUUUAAAAUGCUUUUCCAUUCACCUUUCAAUGAUCUCUUUAAAUCAGUCUUCCUAGCAUGAAAUGCCAAAAGGGCACUGAGAAAUAAGUGGACUCAGGCUACAUGGUAACAAGUUUCUGACGUUGUAGAAGUCCAUCAUAGCCUUCUCUGGUAAAAGAGAACAUUCAGAGGUUGUGGCAAAGGAGCCUUUAGAAAAUAAAACUUUUCUACAUCCUAGGAAGAAUGGUUCAUCCAGACCGAUUACUCACAUGUUCUGUUAGAUAAAGCAGUAACACAAAGAUGUGUUAAUUGAAACAACUAUCGUAGACACAUUAGUAAGGAAUGGUAAUAGAAGUGUGGACCAGUGCUUUUGUAGAAUACGAGCUAGCUUACCUCUGUCUAGUUGCACAGCCCAAAAAUCAAAGGAUGUCUGCACGGAAAUAUACAACCCAUCCACUUGGUGGCAUUCUCUUUGAAUGACUGGGAAGAGACAACGUAACAUACACUAGAUGUGGUUUAGGCCCUGACAGCCCUAUGUUUUUUGUACUAGCUUAUAUCCUACCUAUCAUUGUCCCUCCCCUCCCAUUGUGUAAGCACAAGCAUAUUCGGGUACAUUUGUCUCCCUCGUGUACGUGUUCAAGAAAAGUUGGUCAGAAAUGUCUAGAAAGUCGUAAGACUCUACUUGGGCGUAAUGGUCCAUAAGUCAGGUCAUACCCUGAGAGGCAUUGACACACGAUCAGGCCAGUAUAAAUACAGGCCCUGCUUUGGCUAGCUGCCUGGUACAGUAAUUAAUAUGCACUGUACUUGAACAACAGAGAUCGUCUCACCUGGUGUUCCAGUCUACUCCUAAGUUGAAAACUAAGAAAAGUCUAGUGUUGUCCUUUGUAAGAGACACCUUUUGAUUUCCUUCACACACUAGAGUCCAAGGUGCCCAGCUCUGAUGCUUAACAAAUGUUAGGCAUCUCCCAGAUAUCCAGCCAAGCUAGUCUGACAUUGAUUAGCUUAGAAGCUGGGAUUUGGUGACACUAAGCACUUAUAGGGACUGUGGUAGCAUUUUGUAGAGGGUGGGCCUGAACCCAGCAGGACACAAUCACAAAGGAAUACAGUACAACUUCUGUCAUUUUCUACUAUGAGUCUGCUCUCUUAACCUCCCCACUUCGGGUUUUAGCCCCUCUUGAUAUUCUAGAACCCACUUACCAGAAUGUUAGCAUGCUGGGAACAACUUGAAAACCAGGCAAUAAGAAAUCCCAAACGAAACAUGCUGGGGAGCUAAAUCUGUUUGAGUUCCAUGAGGUCAACCAUUCAACUCUUUUCUUGCUCCACUUACCUCCCUUCCUGUCUGCUGUGCAGUUUAUCUGCAAGUACUAAGACACUAAAAUUAAAGCCAUCUUUGCUGUUACUGUUGUCAUUUCCAUUCUCUUUAUUUUAAUUCAAUUGCUGUCAAACCAGAGAGGAGCUAGACCAUCCACGUUUGGGGUUCCCAGAGUUUGGCAGGCUGGGCUUCAUCAUGUAGACAGAGGUCAGAGCCAAACUUCUGGAGAGUUCGGUCCUUUUCAAAUGAAGGGGCUUGGUCAAGGCUUCUAGCUGUUUAAUAGAUUUCAACUGUAUUACUGACUGGGGGCAGACAAAGAAAUUAAAUGUAUCCUGAAAGUGUUGGCAUGGAGAAAGUUGAGUCCUUGGGAAAGGAAGACUUGUAGGCAGUACUACUGAGGGACAGUGUAUAACAGCUGUAUCAACAUUCAUGCUGUUUAUUUGUAGGAGUGUAUCUAGCACUAUAAUGUACCAUUAUUCAUUGGGUCUGCAUUAAGGGUCCAGUGUGUUGCUAAGUUAGUUUUUUAUAUUUGUAAAGCGAUCAGGAAAAAAAAUGAAGUAAUGUGUGGGUCUAAUGGAGCAGUAGCUAUGAUGGGCACAGAUUUCACAAGCUAGUUCUGAAGUGGAUUCCUUCACCACUGUCUUGGGAAGUCGUGUUUGCACCCCAAGGGGGAACAAGUGUUCAUUCAAGCUGUUGCUACUUGACUUUGAGAAAGCAAAUGUAGGGGACCAAAUUUUGGGCAGCUAGUUCUUGCUUGGGAAAAUGCUGAUAUUUCCCCUGUUUUAUGAUAAAGCACCUUUAUUUUCCCACAGUGCGCUAUUACUGUCAUUAGUGUGUGAGCUCUCUGACCUUGGCUUCAUUAGUCUCAGACCCCUGAUUUAUUGUAACUUACUCCAUUUUUGUAGAUGUAUCAUUUAGAAAGUUAAUCUUUGGUGUUUGAUCUGCGUGCUCCAUUGUAAAGGCACUCCAGGGUCACAAUUCUUUUAGAAGAAAGAGUAAAAGAACACUAAUAAAUCUCAAGUUUGAAAUUGUGCUUUUAAGAUCAGGGUUUACCUCCUAUAUAUUGAGCUACAAGAAGAUUGGUUGAGUUGUUUUAGUUUGAAGGGAUCUCCCCACUGGAAAAGACUUGGAUUACAGAGCAGCUUUGAAAAAGCCAUAGGCAUGUAGAUUUGUAAUAUGACCAUGUUCUGUUUAUCGUGAGCCAGGUUUUUUGUUUAAUCUUUAGCGCUCCCAUCUCAUGGACACUAAUCUUUGACUGAGUCUGUCAUAUUUUAAGCAGAGGAGAUAAGUGACAAUUAGUAAUGUGGGGUGUCUAAACAGAAUUUCAGAGGGUUUGGUGUUUAACGCUAACUGAAUAUAAGGCCUUCAGACUGGACACCCAAAAUCACUGGUUACCUUUUUGGAAAUCAUGGCUUUUCAUUGUUUUAUUCAGAUGAUGCCAGUCCACGGAGGAAUUCCUUCCCUGUAGUUGUCCUCUGAGCAUUUUAGGGACUUGUUUAAUGGGUAGAUCAAAACAAACAUCUUCCAAAGUUUUAACGUGUUGGGCUUUCUUAUUUAUGUCAAACGCGUCUGGUGAGAUUGACUGAGACUCAAAACUUCAAUCUUCCCUCUCCUUUCUUGGCCACGUGUUUGUAUUGAAUGCCCACUGCUCCAAGUUGUAAUGGCUGAGGUUUUGCUAUUGCUCCAGAGGAUCAUUUUCAGCUUAGUGUGUAUGUUGGAUUAUGAUGUGAGGGAGAAGGUGGCAAGGGGUGUUAUAAAGGUUUCAUUUGUUUGAAUUUGGAAUGACUGUAUUAUUGACCAACAGUGAUUACACCAUCAGGGUAUCUUACGAACACCACAUACUUUACAGACAAACUGAUCGAGGACUUACAGUUUCUACAAAUAUCAGUGAUACAAUUUUUCUUGUGUCUUUCCACCUUUAACACUAAGCUAUCAAGUCUGGCUAUACAGGUGGAGGACGGGGAAAACAAAUACAUUUUAGAAACCUCUUAAAAUUAACUAAAACUUUGUAUAAGUCAGAAUAUUGCAGCUUUAAAGUCUGAGCGCUCCUGUCCUGUCCCAGCUGUAAACAGAUGCUCUGAUAAGAACAUUGAGUCACUCCCUGCUGCUCUCCAGUAGCAUAAAAGACUUUCCUGGUCCUGAUGGACCAAAAGAUCUGGGACUUGAAACCCACUGUUGGUGGAGGGCUUAAUAUUGCCCAACCUGUGCGUAAGGCCAGUGUAAUUCUCAAGAUUAAUUCCACCAUUAGGGUGAGAGGAACGUGUGGCAAGUUCAUUGUUUUGAUGGUUGUUUGGCAGGCAGCUUAGUGGUUUGGAAUCUGAGACCCUGUCGAGUUGGAUUGCUACUGGGCAGAGUGAGAGAAAUUGGCAGUUACAAGAUAAAGGCGAUAGAUGGAUACUCCUAAAUGUGGCAUAAAAACAUUUUGCACUCUGUGUACAUGUGUUAGUAAAUACGUAUAUGCGAGAACACAUGC